CCCCCCCCCCCCAAGCUCACGGAGGAUCCACACUGCUGCCCUACUUCGAGAGCUGGGAGCUCCAGUGCGGUGGGUCCAAUGGCAAGAUAAGGAGUCCAUGGCAAAGGAAUUUCUUGACAUUUAAGUUCGAGGCAAGCUGCUGCCACCCUCAGUCACACUCUCGCUGUCGGCCCGGGCAGUCACCAGCAUCCAUACAGUCACACCACAGUCUCACAAACACAAGGGAGAGCCAGCCAGUGACUUGUGUGUCUCGUGUUGCAUCGAGCUCGAUCCGCCUCAGAUUCUGCUUGAAACUUCACUUUGCCAGGCACCCCCUCGGCAGCAGCCAUGGACGACGAUGCCGGCCCGUCCCAGAUCGUGCCCGAUGCGGCCCCGAAAAGGUCCAUCGGCGACCGCCUUGGCAGCAUCGGCAGAAAGUUCACCACCAGGGAAGGCUUGAUCGGCAACUAUGACUAUGGCUUCCUCUUCAAGCCGAACCUGCCCUUCAUGCCCAAGUCGGACAAGCCCCAGCCCUUCUUCGGCCUCAACGACAGGAUGCCCGUCUUCCUCGCCGUGCUGCUCGGCCUCCAGCACUCCCUGGCCAUGUUGGCCGGAAUCAUCACGCCGCCCAUAAUCAUGGCCGGCGCCGGCGGCGUCAACCUCACCACCCAGCAGACCCAGUACCUGGUGUCCACCGCCCUGAUCGUCUCGGGCCUCCUGUCCUGCAUACAAAUCACACGCUUCCACAUCAAGGGCACACCAUACUACAUUGGAACUGGUCUUAUUUCGGUCGUGGGCAUCUCGUUUGCCAUCAUCCCCGUCGCCAGUGGUGCCUUUGAACAAAUGUAUGACAACGGCUUCUGCCCGAAGGUUGACGGCGUCAAGCAGCCGUGCCCCGACGCCUACGGCGCCCUGCUCGGAACCGCCGCCGUCUGCGCCCUGCUUGAAAUCCUCAUCUCCUUCAUCCCCCCCAAGGCCAUGCUGCGUAUCUUCCCCCCAAUUGUGACUGGCCCGACUGUCAUGCUCAUCGGUGUGAGCCUUAUUGAGUCAGGUUUCCAGAACUGGGCUGGUGGUGCCGGUCUUUGCGCCGAUCCCACCGCGGGUGACUUCUUCGCCCUGUGCCCCAAUAUCCUGGCGCCACAUGCUCUUCCAUGGGGUGCGCCCGAGUAUCUAGGCCUCGGCUUCUCCGUCUUCGUUACCAUCGUCCUGGUCGAGCGUUUUGGCUCGCCCAUCAUGAAGUCUACCAGCGUCAUCAUCGGCCUGCUCGUCGGCUGCAUCAUUGCCGGCGCAUGCGGCUACUUUGAUCGCUCAGGCAUCGACUCGGCCCCGGUUGCCUCUUUCAUCUGGGUGCACACAUUCAAGCUCACCGUCUACGGUCCGCUGGUCCUCCCAAUGAUGGCUGUCUUCAUCAUCUGCGCGUGCGAGGCCAUUGGCGACAUCACGGCUACCUGCGACGUGUCCCGCCUAGAAGUCGACGGCAAGAUCUACGAGAGCCGCAUCCAGGGUGGCGUCUUGGCUGACGGCCUCAACGGUGUCCUUGCCGCCCUAGCUACCAUCACCCCCAUGACCACUUUUGCCCAGAACAACGGUGUCAUCGCCCUGACUCGGUGCGCCAACCGGAGUGCUGGCUACUGCUGCUGCAUGUUUCUCAUCAUCAUGGGCGUCUUCGCCAAGUUCGCCGCCAGUCUCGUGGCCAUUCCGUCGCCCGUCAUCGGCGGCAUGACGACCUUCCUGUUCACGUCCGUUGCUGUGUCGGGCAUGGCCAUCAUCUCGCGCGGCGCUCCCUUCAACCGCCGCAACCGGUUCAUCCUGACAGCCGCGCUCUCUCUCGGCUACGGUGCCACCCUCGUGCCCACCUACUUUGCCCACGUCUUUUCGUACUCGGGCGACAACAAGUCGUUACAGGGCUUCCUAGACGCGAUAGAACUCAUCAUGGAGACUGGUUUUGCCGUGUGCGCCCUCGUGUCGGUGAUCUUGAACCUGUCGCUCCCGCUCGAGAUCGAGGACACGGCCACCGCCGCCGUCGUGCCCGCUACUGGGGCCUCCUCGCCGUCUCCGUUGCACGCCAAGGACAUUGAGAGCGCCCGGGGUCACGACAGCGACGAUAUUGUCCCUGUCAGCGAGACAAAGAUUGCCAAGGCCGACUAAAGGCCGGGUACGCGAGACGCGUUAUGUGGAAUGUUUCUGUCGUUUUUGGAGUAAAGUUUGUUUCUUGAUUUGAUAUAACGAAUACCCCCCGAUCUGCCUACAUAUACCCCAUAGCAGGCUGUGUAACGAAGGCUUAGCAUCGGAGACGACGCAGCCCUGUAGGGGAUUUAGACAGAUCUGUACAUGCAUAGCGGUAAUGAAAAGUGCUUGGACAUGUUGAA